AAGUCCACCAGGCUUAAAGUUGCCAAGGUUGGAGACCCCUGGACUAGAGAGCCCGGGCAUCCCAGGCCGGCUCAGGCGCCGCUCCCGGAGACUUCUCCGCCCGUCCCUCGCUUGGCCCAAGCCCGCCUGUCCAGGCUGCAGGGAGGCGGCGAGGCGGGCGGCGCGAGGGCGGCUCUCCCGCGGGGGCAGCGUGGCCCGGCUGCCCGGCAACCGAGCGGCGGCAGCGGCGGCGGCGACAUGGCGACCAGGGCAGCGGCGGCGCCGGAGGCGACCAGGGGGAGCGGCCAAUCAGUGCUGCCGGAUGAAGACAAAUUUAAUAAAGAUGAAGAAGUAAUGGCUUGGAGAUUUCUAUCGUUUGCUGAGGUUAGCAUUAUGUUGGAACAAGAUGUUGCAGGAGUUGAGAAGAGUUUGGAAGAGUUUCUGAAUCUCACGCAUCGACUGACAUCUUUGAAAGAAGCUGCAUUACUGGAUUAUUAUGUCUCUGGAUUCUGGUGGGCCAAAGGAUUAGAAUUUUCAUCUGUGCAGGUUGGGGGGUUCCUGACUCUCCUCAAUUUGCUGCUGGAUAAUCUGGAGACCUAUCACAUGACCCUGGAAGAGAACAUCCAGGAACUUGCGAGCACCAUGGCUGGCAUCGGGCUGAGCAAUUCAGAGAUAAGCGGCGGGUUUGAGUUCUUCACCGUAGAUCAAGCCAAAGCCAUCAUCAAUUACGUGAAGAGCAGUUUAUUCCAACAUUAUACACUGUACGAAUAUCUUUUCCACAGUCCCAGGGAAGAAGUUGUGAUUGGAGAUGAGAAAGUGGUAGAACUAGUCAAGCCCUCAAAGAUGCCCUUUCCUGCCCCCUUGGAAGAAGGCUUACCUAGCGACAUCUAUUUCAAGUUCGUAGCUCUGACUGCAGGGGAGGAAGAGGAGGAGGAGGAGGAAGAGGAGGAGGCCAAGGGGCCAGAAGGCGUUCUUGCAGAAGUGCCAGCUGAAGAGCAAGUGACCGUGGACCCUUUGAUGGGCUACACCAUCGAGGACGUUCGCUCGCUUCUGGGCCAGCUCACCAACGACCUCAUCAGCAACAUUCAGUCUGAGAUCUAUGAGAAGCUCCAAAUGCAAGAAGACACCUAUUCAACGAGAAUAGAGAAGCUGAAGAAAGCCUGAAGCCAUUAGAGGAGUGGAGCAAACAAGGAAAAGCAUCUGCGAUUAAGGGAAAUUUUGCAAGGCCUUUUGAAGGCCAUCUGCUCAUUGCCCUUCAAGUCAACAGAAGAGAAGAAACUUUUCAAAGCAAGGAGCAGACCUGACUUUUUUUUUUCCCUGCCCCAUUUUGUCAUUUGACUGAGUACAAUAAAGAAGUGUUGUUCUCGUAGAACUUUACCUAGGUUAGUAAGGCAAAUAACACUGACAUACAGUAACUACGAGACAAGAACUUUUUAUUUUAUA